UGUUUGUCGGAUCUGCGCGACGCGUCCCGCCGAGCUUGGAUAUACGAUACGAGAUAUACUCAAAUACAAUUUUGCUUUUGACAAUAGCAAAUAUACCUUAGUUUACUUUUUCGACCUAAAAGUCGAUUGGCAUUUCCCAAAUCGAUCGUACAUGGUUAAGCAUUAGUUACCGAAUGUCGAACAAAAUGUCGUACUAAACCAGUAGUGGUGACAGGUGCAGAAAAGCGAACGAGACGAUCUGCAGUCAACUACAGCGUGCGUUAACCUAUCGACAAUCUGUUCGAACGUUGGACUUGUUUUCAAACGCCCAGAAAUCGCAUCUUGCCGUUUAGGAGUUGAUUGCUACAGUCAGCUCUCUGGAACUAAAAUCACUAAACUCACAAAAGACUGAAGACAUCCUAAACCCAUCAUGGGACGGAGUACAAUGUACAUUAAGCUUGCAGUGAUGGUACUUGCAUCGUCUACCUGUGGCAUUGCUGCUCCGAAAGCAGGUGGUCUGGAGCUUAUCAUACUGCACAACAACGAUAUGCAUGCCCGAUUCGAACAAACAGGAGCGUAUAGCAACGACUGUCAACCGUCCGAUGUGGACAGUAACCGGUGCUAUGGAGGAUUUGCGCGCGUUGCGCACAAAGUGCGCGAGUAUCGUGCGACGGAAGCUUCCGGUGGUCUACCAGUGUUAUAUCUGAAUGCUGGUGACACUUAUACCGGCACGCCAUGGUUUUCGGUGUACAAGGAUAAUAUAACAGCUGCCUUUUUAAACAUGCUAAAACCCGACGCAAUCUCCCUCGGCAAUCACGAGUUCGAUCUGGGUGUAGAGGGAUUAGUUCCGUUUCUGAACGAAGUCGACUUUCCAGUGCUGGUCACAAACCUCGAUCUGUCCAAAACGCCGGAAAUGCAAUCGACCAAAUCCUUACAGCGAUCGGUCGUUUUUACGAAGGCGGGCGUACGGAUCGGUGUGAUCGGUUAUCUGACCCCGGAAACGAAGCAACUGUCACCGAUCAAUACGGUUAAUUUUCUGGAUGAAAUUGAAGCGAUCAACAAAGAAGCUACUUCAUUAAAGGAGCAAGGAGUACACAUUCUGAUCGCACUCGGCCACAGUGGGUUGGAACGUGAUAAAGAAAUUGCGGCUAGAUGUCCCGAUGUUGAUCUGGUCAUUGGAGGUCAUUCACAUACGUUCCUCUACAGUGGUACCGCACCGGAUGUCGAAGAACCGGCCGGUCCGUAUCCGGUGAUGGUGAAAAACCCUGCCGGAAAGGAAGUUCCUGUCGUGCAGGCAUAUGCUUUCACAAAAUAUCUCGGCUAUCUGCACCUAUUGUUCGAUGCGGAAGGCAACCUGAUCGAGCUGGACGGUAGUCCACUGCUGCUUAAUGGUACGGUACAGCGCGACUCCGAUGUGCUGCAACUGCUGGAGCUUUACCGGCCCGGUAUAGUGGUGUUGGAUGAAAAGAUUGGACAAUCGAACGUAUUUCUCGAUUCAAGCCGGUGCCGUUUUGAGGAAUGUAACAUCGGCAACAUGAUCGCCGAUUCACUCGUCAUCACACAUGCGGCUACACGCGAACAGAACAACGACGGCUAUUGGACUAAUGCCGCCAUCGGGUUCAUACAGGGCGGUGGAAUACGUGCAUCUCUAAACUCCGGUCCGAUAACGAUGAAGGAUCUCAAGACAGUGCUCCCGUUUGGCAAUGCAAUGGUAAUGACAGAAAUUACCGGAACACAAAUACGUCAAAUGCUCGAACAGAGUGUCCAUCGGUACGAUGGAGUAUCCGGUUACGGAGAGUUCCUGCAGAUGGCCGGUGUGAAUGUAGUAUAUGACCUAUCGAGACCUCCAUUGCAGCGUGUUGUUGAGGUUAAGGUACGGUGUGCAAAAUGUCAGGUACCGAUGUUCGAUGAUCUGAAGGAGGAUGAACACUAUGGUGUCCUAAUAAGCCAGUUCCUAUACGAUGGAGGUGAUGGCUACGAUAUGCUGCCUAACUCACCGAAAGAAUUGCUCACAUUAGGUGAGUAUGAAAUCACCGAAGAGUAUCUUAAACGAUACUCGCCCAUCUAUCCUGCCAUCGAGUGGCGCAUACGUAUGGAAGGGCAACCAGCCGUUACAACUACCGAUGGUCCAGAUGCAAGCACAACCACCAUAAUGACCCCUAGCACGACCGAAGACAGUGGAGCUGGACGGGCGUACGACCUAACGAUUUCCACCUUCGGAAUGAUUCUGUUGUCAACAAUGUUGACAUACACGCGACAUCUACUGUAAAUAGAGGUGCUUCUAGGAAUUACCUGUUCAUCUGGUAAAGUCGGAACCACUUCUGGAUGCUGUCCAAAUAUAUCUAAAAUGAGCUGAAACUGAUCUGGAAUCCGUGUGAAGGAUCUCGGAACAUGUUACAUCUUUUCAAACAGAAUCCAGCAAUGGUUCCGGGUUUUACCGGAUAAACUUGGAAUCCCUCUAAGCACUGGUUGUAUGUACAGACAUAUGUGGAUGGGAUUUCCCUUAUGGGAAAUACAGACGUUGAGUCAGGGAAAGCCGUGAACAAAACAUUCAACAAUACAAAUCAGACGUUACUUAGAUAAUUAAACGAUAACAGAGCUAAACUAUUAUAGAAACCGAAGAUAAAAACACUAUGUAAUGCUGACAGCAUGUUUUGUAUUGAAACGAUUAAAAAAUAUGUUCUACAAACUGAA